AUGCCCCUGGAGGUGAUCUCGAACUAUACAGACUGCAUCACCAGUGUGCAGGGCUGGCUGGGCGAGGACGGCGUGGACCUUUGUCUGAAGCGGCAGUUCGCCACCGCUUCUCAGCAGGUGGCUUGCGUGGAGAACGCUUACUAUCCUUUCUACAGAAGUAACGGCUUAAAUUGGAACAAAGUGCCAGCUGUCCAGAAAGCCAUGGAGCUCUGCAAGGCGGCGGACUUCGACGCGGAUGAGGCCUUGAGUCGUUCUGAAUGUUCGGUUCGAGCGUGGUCCUCCGGAGACGCUGCGAGAGCUGGGUGUCUUACCAUGCCCCUGGAGGUGAUCUCGAACUAUACAGACUGCAUCACCAGUGUGCAGGGCUGGCUGGGCGAGGACGGCGUGGACCUUUGUCUGAAGCGGCAGUUCGCCACCGCUUCUCAGCAGGUGGCUUGCGUGGAGAAGGCUUACUAUCCUUUCUACAGAAGUAACGGCUUAAAUUGGAACAAAGUGCCAGCUGUCCAGAAAGCCAUGGAGCUCUGCAAGGCGGCGGACUUCGACGCGGAUGAGGCCUUGAGGCGUUCUGAAUGUUCGGUUCGAGCGUGGUCCUCCGGAGACGCUGCGAGAGCUGGGUGUCUUACCAUGCCCCUGGAGGUGAUCUCGAACUAUACAGACUGCAUCACCAGUGUGCAGGGCUGGCUGGGCGAGGACGGCGUGGACCUUUGUCUGAAGCGGCAGUUCGCCACCGCUUCUCAGCAGGUGGCUUGCGUGGAGAAGGCUUACUAUCCUUUCUACAGAAGUAACGGCUUAAAUUGGAACAAAGUGCCAGCUGUCCAGAAAGCCAUGGAGCUCUGCAAGGCGGCGGACUUCGACGCGGAUGAGGCCUUGAGGCGUUCUGAAUGUUCGGUUCGAGCGUGGUCCUCCGGAGACGCUGCGAGAGCUGGGUGUCUUACCAUGCCCCUGGAGGUGAUCUCGAACUAUACAGACUGCAUCACCAGUGUGCAGGGCUGGCUGGGCGAGGACGGCGUGGCGUUCUGA